AGUCCCAGGAGCCUUAACAACACUUGCUCGGAGAUACCGCACUCCAAGACUUCAACCCGAAGGAAAAUACCUUUCCUUCGUACAUCCAAGGGAAACAAGCUUCCCUUAAUGUGUAUACAACACUAAGACACUCAAGAACAAGGCUCUCUUUUAGAGUAGAUGUUGAGUAAACUAUAUACGCUCAAGAACAACUCAAACUUCACAAAUUGGCUCUAGAAAGCUAUGAAAAAUGAUGUUGCUUUAAUGCAAUGAUGAUAUGAAUAUUGUGAAGUGAAUUUGAUAAGAAAAGCAGACCCAAACACCCCUUUUUAUAGUGCCAAAAAAGGCUCCAACGGAUCAAUGCAUUAAAGGGGUGAUUGGCUUGAUUUAAGGGAUUGAAUAAAUUUGGGAUCUGCAGGAUAUUGGCUUCCCAGCGAUGUAUGGGCAUUACCCAUCGCUGGUAGGCCAAUUUUCCUUCAGUUUUGAAGCCAACGGUUAUCUACCCAUCGAUGAGUACAAGCUUCCCAUCGCUGGGUGGGAGGUUGACUUCCAAACAAGGAAAGAAUCAACCUUAAAUGACUUCCAACGGUCAUGCCUUCCCAUCGAUGGUUUAGCCUUCCCAUCGCUGGGUUCCCAUCGAUGGGUAAAGCUUCCCAUCGCUGGGUAAGGUCAUUCUGCCUUGUGAUAAUAUUGGACCAAGGCUUGAACA